AUGAUAAUUGCCGUGAUCCUGUGCCCUCCCGACCUCGUGCUACUGGCAGCUGCUGUUGCCGGCACACAGUGGGAUGUAAACAGUCAGCUCUGCAUGCUGGGAUUGCUGGCAUUCAUAGGGAGUGUGCAAUGGUUCAUGGAUGGGGAUUACAAGAGAGUUUUCCCGACACUGACAGCGGUGAAUGAUAGUUUCACCUUGCUCAGUGGAGAUACGUUGACUCUAGAGUUCACGGUCAGCUUGCUGGCAUUUCCCCUUGUUGCGCCCGACGACAUUAUGUGGCGGCUCCCUUCCGGCGCGGUGAUUACGACUGGCACCAAUGGUGUCACAAUCUCGUCACUACAACCUACUUCUUCACUUACAGUUGGAAGUGUGAACGCGAGCACACACUUUGGGCUUUUCACGGCUACGGUGACAACAACUGCUGGAAACGGAACAGUCACAUUCAGCGUCUCCAUUGUCACCUUGCCCACUGUUGUGGUGACGGACAGCGCUGCAGUGGCUGUACAGGCAUCUCCCUUUCAGAUUGUCUGCACUGCCAUGGCUUGGCCAACACCGGCUCUGACUUGGCUUCACAAUGGGAACACCGUUGUGAAUGCAUCAACUCCAGGCGUCACUGUCUCACAGACUAUCACACCCGGUAACAUCAUCACCGUGGUGCAGAUACUCAACUUCACCUCGGUUCAGCCGGCGGACAACGGCACGUACACAUGCACUGCGGUAAUAUCCGCACUGUCUACAACAUUCAGCAGCAACUCCAGUAUCAAUGUUGGUGUAACAGAUGUGGAUGAGUGCCAGGUGAACACUCACGAAUGUCAUGCCGACGCUGACUGUACUAACACCAUCGGUAGUCACGUCUGCACGUGCCGGGGGCCAGCAUUCAGCGGCAACGGAAUACAGUGUGAUGCGAUCCCGACUGUAAUGGUGGUGGAUGCAUCCUCUCGAGUUCUCAGUGGCUCAGAUGUUACGCUAAUGUGCAGCUCAACCAACGCUCAGACUGCCAGUAUAACGUGGGAACGCAAUAUGUCGGGUAUUGUGACUGGUGUUGCCAACUCAACAUCAACUUCUAUGAGUGGCGAUAUCGUUGUGAGCAGUGACCUGACACUAUCGUCUGUAGAGUUCGGCCAAACAGGAAAAUAUACGUGCAAGGCAACUAUUCGCUAUCAGUCCGGUGCUGUCCUUACUAACAGUACUGAUAUUGACCUCACCGUUCUUGUGUUUCCUAGCCUGCUGGCUGUCACAACUCCUAUCGUCGUCUUGGAGAAUAAAGCGUUCAACCUCUCCUUCGAUGCAACGGGGAUUUCAGUGCCGGCAAUAGGUCCUUCGGACAUUGUGUGGUACUUCCCAUCUGGCUCUCAAGUUGGUCCAGCAGCAGAUGUCGUUUUUUCAGCUGAUCGUCAGACACUCAGUGUUUCCAUGGCCAUGCAUGACAAGCAUUUUGGAACAUUCAAGGCUACUGUCACAACUGAGGCAGGCAGUGGUACUGUUGAGUUCACAGUCAGGGUAGUAGUCUCGCCUAUGAUCAAUCUCACGUCUUCGGCUCCCAUCGCCAACUCCAUGAUAGCAGUGAACGAGACAGAGAAUUUGACAUUGACGUGUGCCGUGACGUCCUGGCCCGCUGCUAACGUCAGCUUUCCCCACAUGCUUUCAGCCAGCACAACCGAUAGUUCAAUGAAUAUUUCUAAUUUAAUCGUUGUCACACAGACAUUGGCAGUUACGUCGAUCGGGCCAGGUGAUGCUCGAGCGUACACCUGUGUUGCCACUGUCACCGUGCCUACAACCAAUCAGAUGCUGACGAGCAACGCAACGGUCACUGUUGAUGUUCGUGUGGCACCACGCUUGCAAGCCAUCAUACUCACACCGGCGAGUGAGAACCCGCUCAAGGGCAGCAACUUGAUGUUGGUUGCAGAGCUGUCCAGUGUUCCGAAUCCCAACGCGACUUUCUCGUGGACGUUUGCUGCCAGCCAGAUCAGUGCCAGUGAUAAAUAUGUGUUGACUGAUGCUGGCAGGGUGCUGGAAGUUGUCAAUGUUACAUCCGGUGAUAGUGGAGUGUAUAAUGUUACCGCUGUCAAUCUCCUGGCUAGCGAUAGCCUCAGUACCACUAUUACAGUUCACGUUCCACCAGUGAUCAGCAGCACUAACCCAGAAAUCCGGAGCAUUACUGCGUUGCGAGGGCAAAACGUCACAUUCUCCAUUUCUCUUCUGGAGCCACCCGUGCCUUCCGCUUCGAUUACAUGGCUGGUGAAUGGCUUGGCUGUGGAUACUGCUAAUCUAACGGGCCGUCGCCUUGAUCUGUCCGCCAAUAACCAGUCACUGACCGUCCUUAGUGCAGAUCGUGUGCAUGUCGGCCAGUACACCGUUGUAGCUAGCAACCUCGUUGGUAAUGACAGUGCCGUCUUCAACCUAGAAGUCAAUGUUCCACCGGUGCUGGCAAGCACACCUCUGAGCACAGUCGCCAUCGACGGCGAAUCUGUAAACUUCACCGUUUCUCUGGAACGCACCCCGUUUCCCGCUCUGAGCUCGGCUAACGUUGAAUGGCUACGUAAUGGCACCGUACUCGACACCACUGUAGACGGUGUCAAGUCGGAACUCUCUGAUACGAGUAUUGUACUAAGCAUUGCGAACGCAAGUCGAGCUGACUCCGGGACCUACAACCUCAGCAUCUCGCAUGCUACUGGUGGUGUCCACCAGCUCCACACACUGCAAGUGCUUGCUCCACCACUAAUCGUAUCCCCGGUGAAUGGCACAAUCCUGACUGUCAACCAGUCGCAGAGUGUCUUACUGGUCUGUGAAGCCAAGGCAUAUCCGGGUGCCAGUAUCACCUGGACACUCAUCGACUCGGACGAUGUUGUAAAACCCCAAAUGCCACAGGCUCAGCUCGAUGUAUUCAGUAAUGCCACUCUUCUGUUGACUACGUCACGCAUUUUGAACUUGAACCAGAUCCAGUACAGCCAGCGGGGCACAUACCAAUGUGAAGCAAUGGCUAGCACUCCCAGGGGAGUGUUCAGAGCGACUGCUUUCACCCGGAUUAUUGUGCAAGUUCCUCCAACUGUUACGAAAGAGGAGGAUCCUGGUGAGAUAUUGCUCAAUGCCGGUGCUGUGUUCCCUAUCAGAAUUGCUCAACCAGUUGAUCCCCAGCCGCAGAUAGUGUGGACAGGACCUGCAGCCGGCACUAUAAUGACCAGUGGCAGAUUGACACUGUCGGAGGGUGAUCAGCGUUUGUCACUACUGAAUGCUACGCGGAGUGACUCGGGACUGUACACCCUCACAGUUAGCAAUGCGGCAGGAGUUUCAGUGACCACUUUCAACCUGACGGUAUUUGCACCGCCUGUGAUAGUUCAACCCACGGAUGGCAGCACGGUGCGCGUGCAGGUUUCCAACACCACCACCCUGGUCUGUGAAGUGACUGGCUUCACUGCUCCCAGUGUGCAGUGGCAGUACGGUCCUAGUAACAGUGUGCUGACGUCGGGAUUACGCAAUAGUCGCAUCACUAUUACUAGCAGUACCUCAAAUCUCAGUAGUGACACUCUGCUGUUCACGGUCAGAACUACUCUGGAGAUUGGGAGUGCGGAAGACAUGGACAGGGGCCAGUACAGAUGUGCUGCCUCACUGACUGUCAUUGGACAGACACACACAGCUACAUCAGCAAUACAGCUGGAUGUGCUAGUUCCUCCAUCCCUAAACGCAUCAUCCCCACGUGUCCUCCAUGGCGUAGCUGGCGAAGCUGUAUCAUUCUCAGCCACUGUGGUACCGCCAGUAUUCCCAGCUCUAGGGGCAGCAGACUUCACGUGGACAAGAUCUGCUGCUGCAUCCGGCAGUGCCCUGACUAGCGAUGGACGUGUGGUGGUCAACUCCACUGGCCAGCAACUAACUAUCUCUAACAUGGCACGAAGUGACAGUGAUAACUACACACUCACGGCCAGCAACAGUGCAGGCACGGACACGAUCACCUUCUCCUUGACUGUAUUUGCGCCGCCAGUCAUAUUGCUACCAAACAAUGAGGCGGUGAUCAUUGUCAAUACCAGUGACACACUCACCAUCAACUGUACCGCCACUUCCUGGCCGCAACCAACUUUCGUGUUCUCCCGUGAAAAUGGUGCAGAUGUACUGGCUACUUCUGGUGCAACCCACGCAGUGUUUGAUGACCAGAAGUUGGUGUUCACUUCCAGUGCUGUCUUCAGCCUCGGUAACGUCUCACACACGGAUAGUGGACGCUACAUCUGUGAAGCGUACGUCAACGUACCGCUGGUGGCACGUAAUCUGACGGACAGGACGUCAGUCAACGUCACCGUGUUAGUGCGUCCGCGUGUCACUAGUCAGCAAACUCAAUUCGUCAAGGAAGCUGGAGAAAACGCCUCGUUCAUGAUCAUGAUUGCACCACCCGCAUAUCCAGCCUCCAAGCCAUCCGAUAUACAGUGGCAUCUACCAGACAGUACCGUUGUAACGCCGUCCAGCAGUAAUGAUACACGUGUCAAACUCACGACGAGCGGCCAGAACCUGCAGAUCUCCAACCUCGUGCGGCAGGAUGCAGGGGUGUAUGUUGCCACGGUGACCACUGAUGCCGGGGUUCGCUCUGUCUCGUUCAACCUGGAUGUGUAUGUUCUGCCGCUAUUCACCACACCGAACAACACGAUCACGACCGUGCUGGAGAGCAACAGCACCGUUCUGCAGUGUUCAUUGUCUUCUCACCCCAACGCCACUGUUGUAUGGCUUGACUCUACCGGCAAUCCGGUCACAACAGGAGUCACUACAGACUCCCAGGCUAGCUUCGAUGAGAGUACUCUGACAUAUCAGACCACACACAACCUCACGUUCCAGUCCAUCACGUUUGCACAGCGCGGUCACUACUUCUGUCAAGCAACCGUGAUUUUGUCUGACGGCACAAAAGUGCAAAGCCAAAUUCGCUCGGAAGUUCAAGUACACGUACCACCGAUUGCUAUGCUAAGCCCGGAUGCCAGUUUGCAGCAAAUCAACGAAACCAACAACUUCACUGUCAUCUGCUCCGCGCGUGGCUUUCCGCAACCUAGGGUAGUGUGGAGCAAGAACAUGACGGAGUUGGUUGACUCUGACCCCCGACUGAGUGUCACGAAUAGUUCUAAUGUCACGGCGGAUGGUCUAAUCUUGGUGACAUCAGAGCUGGUCAUAUCUAACCUGAUGCAUAGUGAUGGUUGUGGUUACACAUGCACGUCAACCAUACGGUCUACUGGCACAACCAUCAAUUCAACUAAAAAUGUUCGGCUUCAAGUGCUUAUAAAGCCAACACUGACAACAACUGAAGACGUGGUGCGUGUCCUGACUGGCCAAACUGCCGAGCUCACAGUCACAGUGCAAGCGCCCAUCUUCCCAGCUUUGACUGCGUCGGAUGUGUCUUGGACUGGUCCUGCUGGGCAAAUCUCCAUCAACAGUGGCUCAAUAUCACUAUCGACGGACAACCUCAGGCUAACUAUUAGCAAUGCACAGCGUUCUGAUGCCGGCAACUACACAAUAACAGCCACUAACUUGGGUGGUGUGGGAUCACAGACCUUUCUGGUGGAAGUAUUCACUCCACCUUCCGUUGUGCUGGACCAACCCUUGUACCGGGUAAAUGAGAGCAACACGUACACCACUGUGUGCACUGCGACUGCUUUUCCGGCGCCCAGUGUUCGCUGGCUGAAGGGUUCACAAGAGAUCACAGCUAGUGAUGAAGAAAGUAGACUGAGAGUGAGCAGCAACUCUACAUUAGUUGGCCUUCUGUAUCAGGUCAGUGUGACGCUGACCGUUGAUAGUGUGGUGUUCAGUGAUGGAGGAAUUUACACGUGUGUGUCCGAUCUGACAUUGCUGGACACACCCCAUACAGCCACAAUCAACUCAACUCUUGAAGUUCUUGUUCGACCGACUAUCAUGGUUACCUCUCCUAUACUGGAGCACUUGAUGGGAGACAAUGCCACUUUUGACAUUAGUCUUCAAGCUCCUGUGUUCCCUGAACCAACACCUGAACAAUACGUGUGGAGUGAUCCAGAUGGUAAUCCUAUCGUUGCAGCCAGUGCUAGCAGUGCAAAGUACAGCUUUGCGACUGACCGCCGAUCGCUGACCGUGUUUGACGUGCAGCGAACUGAUGCUGGCACUUACUCGGUGACAGUGACAAAUGACGGUGGCAGCGGUACGGCGACGAUGACGCUAGAGGUCUUCGUUCGUCCCAACAUAUCCGCUCCAGUGGAUCAGCUUGAGGUUGAGGUCUUGCAAACGACACAGUGGCAUAUCGAGUGCUCAGCUGCAGGGCAUCCUGCACCAGCGGUGACCUGGUAUGAUCCACAGGGAGAGCCUCUCUCCAAUACCAGUGAUGGUAACAUUGCUGUCAGUACUGCCAUCAGUACCGUUUCCAGGCUGAGCACAACAUCAACCACCCUGUCCAUCAUGAACACUUCACACAGCGACCGUGGACAAUAUCGCUGCCAUGCUGAGAUUACUGAGCUGGGACAAACAUUCAAUGCUUCUUCCACUGUGAAACUUACAGUCCUCGUUCCACCAGUCAUCGUGAGCUCUUCCACCAGUGCUACCACUCAGGAGAACGGCACAGUCAGUUUCACAUGCAAAGUAUUCGCAGUACCAGCUCCUAACAUCACAUGGCUCUUCGGCAAUGAGCUACUGAGUGGUGACGCUGAGAUAGAGAACCUGGCGUCGCCAGCAGAUCAUCAUGAGUCCGUGCUGCGCCUACAGAACCUGAAAGUCACGCAGAGCGGCAAAUACACAUGCUCUGCGGUGAACCGUGUUGGCAACGUGUCUGACGAACGUUCACUGAGCGUCCAAGUUCCACCUCAGUUCUAUGGCAGUAUUGCUGAUGGCACGGUUGUGGCUAAUCAGUCGGACGCAGCUACCCUCCGUUGUUCGUACCGCGCUGUCCCCCCUCCGACGGUUAAAUGGAGCACCGGCGGUAGUGCACUCUCGACUGGCGGUAAUGUCUUGAUCACAGAGCCUGUAUUGGUACAACGCACUGGAUAUGACUAUGUCUACGAUGCAGUGCUGACCUUCAACAGUGCUAUCAGGACGAAUGAGAACACGUACAAUUGUUCUGCGCUCAACGCUGCAGGAUCUGCAUCCAGUAUAGUGUUCUUUGACGUGCAAGUGCUUCCAUCGUUUCAUUUGGUCAGCCCAACCUUCAACUCAACGUACAUUGGCGUGGAGCAAAUGGAGCUCAAUAUAUCGCUGAAUAUCACAGACAGAGGUGACCCGGCUGUUGCGGCCGAUGACAUUGUUUGGUCUUAUCAGAUGACGGAUGGCACGUUCACGGAGCUGAAUGGAACACUUGCAAGAGUCUUGAUAGACAGUAACCGUACACGCCUGCGCUUCACGUCACUAAAUGUGAGAGACGAAGGUGUGUACAGGGUAGGCUUGUCCAAUGCUGCAGGACUUGUUCCGCUGGACUUUGUCAUCGAACACCAGGGACCACCUGUUAUAUCAGUUCCUCCCACGGAUAUCAUCAGCACUGAAGAUUCCACUGUGACUUUCAGCUGUACUGGUCUGUCUGAUCCACUACCCGACAUCGCCUGGUUCUUCGGGAGCGUUCUGAUUGUGAAUGAUGCAACGCGCACUAUAACAACAACCCCAGGCAACGAUCCACCGCGAGUCAGCACGUUACAACUGAGCGGUAUUCGCAACGAUCGCGAUCAAGGCAGUUACACAUGUGUUGCGACUAAUAUCCACAAUCCCUCAGCCAAUUCCACUGUUACUCUGCUCGUGUAUACUGUACCAACCGUAACAUCGACACUGCAGCAGAUUAGCAUUAUUGAGAACGGGACGUUUACCAUCGACUGCACAGUCGAUAGCUUUCCGCUGUCCAAUGUGACCUGGUGGCACAAUGGGCAACUUCUCACUAACAACAGCCGUACAAUGUUCUCACAGAGCUGGCAACAAGUCACACUAUCGCUAUCUACGUAUGCCGACGGAGGUCGAUAUGAAUGUGAAGCCGACAAUCAACACGUUACAGAUGGACAGGGUGGAACAUCUGGUCGCAAGCUUGUUGGAAAUGUGACUGUUUACGUCUCACCGGUGUUUGAGGACUUACCCCUGGCUGCUGUCCUGAAUGAGACGGACGAUCUCACACUGACAUGCUCGGCAUUCGGCUUUCCGCUGGUGGAAAUAUCCUGGCUGCUUGAUGGCGUUGUUCUGCCUGAGGAACAUAGUAAUAUCAGUAUAUCCGAUCCUGCUACCACUCCACCGCUGGUCUCCAGUGUACUGGCCAUACCUGCUGUCACGUUUGCCAACAACGGCACCUACACAUGCCGAGUGCGGAAUGACCCACGGGGUUACACUGGCAAUGUCUCCAUGGUGAUUGAUACGCACUUUGCGUCGGCUGGUGUGUUUGUGCAAGUAUCACCGAGUAUUGGUGCUAUUCCACCGCAAAACAUCACCUUCCCUGGGCAAGUUGAGUUCGUAUGCAAUGCAUCGGCCAAUCCUGCUCCUAGCAUCAGCUGGACUCUUGCCACUGGAAUGCUGGCCAAUGCUUCCGCCUCACUGCAGAUGGGCAGGGUGCAAGUAGAGAAUAGCGUGUCAGCACUGACUAGUGGACUUCCAGUCACCACGAGUACCCUCACACUGGUAAACAGUACCAGACUAGACAAUGGCCUGUUUACAUGCCGAGCUACAACCAAUGUGUUCAGCGCCACGAGAGAUACCACGUUGACAGUGUUCGAGGUUCCCAACGCUCCGUUAUCACCUGUUGCCGCUGCACCGGAGUCUCGGAGGUUGCGUGUCAACUGGACAGUUCCAGCCAGCAACAACCGCCCAAUCACGCUCUACACAAUCAUGUUCUCGUUGGUGAAUCGGACCGGCAGUGUUGUCGAGCGCCGGAUGAAUAUCACUGGACAAGGAGAGCUGGUCAAUGUGACGCUGACGGCUUGGCUGACCGACUUGACUCCUAAUAAGGUAUACAGUGUCAGCGUGCGUGCACAGAAUGACGUCGGUUUUGGUCGUUUCAGCCCGCCUUUGUCUGUUGCCACAGCUGAAGAUGUGCCGACGGGUGUUCCGCAGAUGCUGCUGGUGAAUGCAUUAUCAAACACGUCCGUACGCGUCAGCUGGUCUGAAAUUCCACCGGACGAGCAGCACGGUCUUAUCACCACCUAUGAAGUACUCUAUCAGCAAGUUGACAAUGACACGACAAGCAUAAGCCUAUUUGGAAGCGUGAACACAACCAAUGGAAGUGAACUGUUCAUUGUGCUGAGCGAUCUGGACACUUUCCGACUGUAUGAGAUUCAAGUGCGCGGCUUCACCGCCGUUGGCCCAAGUAACUUCAGCGAAGCAGUGACGGAAAGGACGCUCACAGGAUUACCAGAGGCACCGAUAGACAUUGUGGUCGUGGAUGCUCGUUCGAGAAAUUUGACAGUAUCCUGGAGCCACCCUCUAGACACGAACGGCGUAAUAGAGCGAUACCGUAUCACAUACUGGCGUUCUGAUGGCAAUGGCAUGGUCACCAGCAGGGAGACAACAUCUAAUAUGACCUCCAUCACCGUAGAGAACCUAGUGCCAUAUACCAACUACACGUACACAAUCACUGCGGCCACCUUUGCUGGAUUUGGAUCCACGUCAGCCGUGCAGACCAGCCAGACGGCCGAAGAUGUUCCCACUGCACCUCUGGCUGUUGUUGCUAACGCUGAAGGAUUUACGGCCGUCCGAGUGUCUUGGCAACCCCCCAGUGUUGCUAAUGGCAUUAUCCUUGGCUACCAGGUUGUUUUGGAAGGGUUGUCUAGAGGUAAAGGCCCCAUGCGUUUCGAUUAUAGGCCGCAGACAACAGGAGCAGGGACAGAGUUUCUUGUCGAUUCUGUCAACCCUGGAACUGAUUAUAACGUGACAGUUCGCGGGAGAACAAGUGCUGGCUAUGGUCCGUUGAGUCAACUCACUCUGCAAGCAAUGGCAAGAACGAGUUCAUCAGUGGUUGGUACGGAAGCAGCUCAGACCCAGCCCCCUACUGGUCCACCGCCUAAUGUUACAACCAUCCCAGCAACAUCAAGUUCACUGGCAUGGCCACUCGAUGAGGUGGAGCUGUCCUCAGGAACAAUCAGUAUCUAUCACGUGAUGGUUGUUGUCCUGGGGCCAGCAUCGGUGUCUCCGUUGCCCCAACUCCCGGAGCGCCCAGGGGAGGUCUACAACUUUCUCGACAUGUCAAACAUUUUCUCUCCGGAGGAAGCAUUUCGACGUGCUGGCCAGCUCACUCCAAACUCAAUUCCUCCUGCUUACAUUGCUGAAGAGUUUAGUUCUUCUAGAUUUGACGAAUCCGACACGUUUCUGUUCACGGCCGGAGAUGGUCGUGUUACCCAGAAUAGUGUAACGGAGGAAGCUUAUCGCAAUAUACCAUUGGUCGAUAGCUAUGCAUACACCGCUUUUCUACGUGGAUUUGUUGAUCCUAACUCCAAGCGACGCCGUCGCUUUACCUUGGAGGAUUUACAGCGCGCCUACGGAUUAUUCGUGACUGGGUCGUAUGCGUACAUUCAAGCAACUCCUGUGGCACCACCUAGUGGUGGUCUCAGCGGCGGUGCUGUGGCUGCCAUAGUGAUCUGUAUGCUACUGCUGGUGGCUGCUAUUCUAGUGCUGCUGUACCUGUACUGGCGAAAGGUAAGGACUGGCAAGUUCUCUAUCAACAUUAGCCCGAAUAUGUCCGUGCGUGGACGCAUGAGGUUCAAGAGUAUUGAGCAAGAUAUCAUACUCAAUCCUGGUGUUGAAACAGCCGCCGCAGCCGUCCAGAAAGAGAAGGAAACUGCAGCAUUACCACCAGUACCGCUCAGAGUGGGGUCCAAGCCAGCAUCGUUCACGUCCAAUCGUCAACAGCUAGCAGAGACUCCUGAACCGGGCGCAAUCUCAACUGCCGCUCUGGCUAAGCACGUCAAGGACAUGAAAGCUAAUGAUUCCUAUCAACUCUUCCGAGAGUACGAGACCAUAACGAAGACGUCAGAGUCUCUUCCUGCGGAUGUUUGUAUGAAUCCAGAGAACAAGCCGAAGAAUCGCUAUGCCAAUAUUGUGGCAUUUGAUCACACUCGCGUCAUUCUGCCACAAAUCGAUGGAGACAGCAACUCCGACUAUAUCAACGCAAAUUACCUCGACGGUUACAACUUCCCGCAGGAAUACAUUGCAUCACAAGGUCCGAAUGCAAAAUCCAUCAAUGACUUCUGGAGAAUGGUUUGGUACAAGAAGUGUCGUACUAUCGCCAUGGUUACAAACCUGGUAGAGCGAGGACGGGAUAAGUGCAACUUGUACUGGCCAAUGAAAGGAGCUGUGCCUUACGGGGAGUUCAGUGUGGAGUUGCUGGAUACGAUGACACUGAGCGACUUUGUGAUACGUACUUUCAAAGUGACUAAGGAGACUGGCUGCAGCGAGGAGGAGGUGAGACGCGGCAUGAACGUGCGCGAAGUUCGUCAGUUCCACUUCACGGUGUGGCCCGACCAUGGCGUUCCAGCUCAUGCCACUCCGCUGAUCAACUAUCUGAAGCGUCUCAGAGCCUACCACCCCAUUGAUCACAAGCCGCAAGUCCCCAUCAUAGUGCAUUGCAGCGCUGGCGUUGGUCGUACAGGAACACUUGUAGUGCUGGACAUGAUGCUAAACAGGGCGAUGGCAGAAGAGUCUGUCGACGUCUUCAACUGUGUGACAAGACUGCGACAGCAGCGUAAUCACAUGGUCCAGACAGAGGCUCAGUACAUUUUCAUUCAUGAUGCCCUGCUGGAAGCAUUGCAACUGCGUGAUACCGAGGUAUCUGCAACUGCACUCCGAUUGUACAUCAAGAAGCUAAACAUUGCAAAAGACGGCGAGAAACCGGCAGAGAGCCAAUUCAAGAAACUGAAUGGAGGUCUACAGGGCACAAUCAACUGUCGCUCGGCUGUGCAACAGUGUAACACUCUCAAGAAUCGUCUCUCUAACAUCUUGCCAUACGAGCAGUCACGUGUUAAGCUCUACCAGCAACCUGGUGUUGAAGGCUCUGACUAUAUCAAUGCAAGCUUCAUCGACGGCUACUGCUCCGCGAGAGCUUUCAUCGCUACACAAGGUCCGCUGACAGAGACGAUAAGUGAUUUCUGGACAAUGGUGUGGAAGUACGAAGUCACCUCCAUUGUCAUGCUGUCGCAUUGUAAAGAAAGAGGCCAGGAGCACAGUGCCGAGUAUUGGCCAAGCAAGGAGAAAGAGCCGGUACGCUUCAAUCACCUACUUGUGAAGCUGGAAGACGAGACUGUUUGCAACUCUACUGUCAUUCGUAACUUCACCAUCACAGACACUAAAAGAAAUGAACUCAGGUGUGUGCGCCACUUCCAGUAUGUUGGCUGGCCUGAGCGUGGUGUGCCAACGACUGGCGCCGCUCUCUUGGACUUGAUCGGCCGGGUGCAGCGCAAUCAGGAAGCAACUGGUGAUCAACCCAUCGUCGUCCACUGCAGCUCUGGUGCUUCACGGACCGGCGUGUACUGUGCAGUGUGCAUAGCUAUCGAGAGAGCCAAGCUAGACGCGCAGGUGGACAUCUUCCACACGGUCAGGACGAUGCGCAUGCAGCGCGUCAGCAUGGUGCAGACACUGGAACAGUACAUGUUCAUCUAUCGCACCGUGCAGGAGUAUUUGGACUCGUUUGAUCUCUACUCCAACGGCAGCUCUAUGUAACCAGUGUACAUUGUUCUGCCGCUCUGUCCCUACCCCCCCCCCCCCCCCCCCCCAGUCACCAAUCACCAGUCACUCACUUACUAGACUGACACUGUCUUCUGGACCACUUUCCAGAGCUCUGCGUAGCUUUUAAAGGUCCCCUACCCCCUCCCCUGUGCAUGCCAUAAAAUAUGCUUCCCUGGACUCGGUGCCCAUAAGGCACGCUAAUAGUAGUGUCAAACUCUAGAUUUAUGUGCAUGUACCUUCGGGUAUUCUCUGAGAUUUUCAACAGUUUCUAUUUGCAUUGGCCUGAUUAGUUUUUUUCCUUUUUCCAACUUUCCCCCGAUUGAACCCAUGACAAGAAAUACAUUCAGGGUAUUUAUAACACUGUACCUAGCUGCGAGAAAGGAGCAUAUUGCACAUUCGUAGCAGUGCUGCUGUACGACAUCCUCAGGCUUGUUGACUGCCUGCGCUGGCCAUAGGCUUGCUUGCAGUGUGCCUUUGUGCGGGUUGUAUACUUGUUUUCUUGCACUGUGCAUGCUGGCAGUAAUGAUAGUGCUGCCACCUGACCCUGCAUGCGGCCACUGUCACAGGUGUAUGCACUCUAAUGUGGAAUUUCAACACAGUGUGCUGCCCUGCACUAUACAACAGUGUUCCACUACGACUACUGACAUGUAAACUAUGUUGCAGUAAGUUUUUAAACCUUAGCAUUGCCCGCAUACUACAUUGAUCUGCUGCCUGCUGCCGUCAUCUGCAUUCCCAUCCGCUAUGUUUGUCUUUUAACGUUUUCUUCCCAAUCGAUUUCGUGAUGUGUAUUGCUGUCUUUGUUCAGUUUCUUCUUCCGACAACACUUCUGCUUUCAAUGCAGGAUGAAGUGCUACAUUGCAUGUA